AUGGGCUACGAGACAGACUCGAUCUCGACCCAGACCCGCGGGUUCUCCGACGAGCCCCAGGUCGCACCACCAAAGAAGCCCUUCUACCGCAGAGGAGGCUUUUGGUGUCUAGUCGUCUUCCUCUGCGUCUGCGCAGCUGUCAUUCCACCCCUCGUCGUCUUCCGCGAUCGACUCGGCACCUCGACCAAAUCACCGUUCGCUGAUCCACCAUUCUGGAAUGGUACUGGUCCCAACGACAACCCCUUCGGCACUUGCUUCACCAUGGAAGCGACCGCCUUCCAGCCAAAUUGGAAGGAGGAGCAGACAACGACGUGGUGUGGCGCGCAGUUCAACCGAUCGUCACCCAUCUUUUCGCUUCCGCUGCUCAACAUGUCGGCUGCUGUCGGGUCGAAUCAACGCGUUACGCACGAUGUCGAUCAACAACUCUGGAACAACAUGACGCGCAACUGGUGCGGUGCCGAAGCAAAGAUCAGGGGACCAGCUGGAGAGUUUACCGCUUUCUUUGGUGACGCCAACAUUUGGAGAAGUGUCGACUUGAACAUGGCGCUUUACGAAACCAUCAAGGGCGUGCCAAACGGUACUUACAGCGAUCCAGACCAGGCCCGUUGGAUGGACGGAGUACGCGUCUGCUUUACCGGUGGCAGGAUUGAUGUCUCGCAAGGCUACCCAUUCUCGUAUCCUCUGUGA